GACCUGCUCGACACCGCCGGCACCAAUCCGUGGCUCUCGUGGGACUGGAACGAGCCGCCAUGGGGAGUCUUGGACGCCGCCCCGUCUCACGGCACCGACAACAUCAGCCACGCACCGCUCGUCUCCGCAGACACCGUGCCCGUCGAUGCCCCCGUCGUCGCCAACAUCAUCGAUGCCAAGCUCGAUCCCGUCGAGUACCACCGGCAGACCAUCUUGAUCCACCUGGACCAGUCGUCUCUCGGCAGCACUGCGCCCGACAGCAUGCGACACUGGCUCUCCUGUGCGCCCCUUUCCCUGUUCUUGAAGACCUAUUUCACCCGCCAUCAUCGCCACACGCCCAUCAUCCAUCUUCCCACCUUCAAUAUUGUCGACUGUCCGACUGGACUGGUCUUCGCCCUGACCCUGAUCGCUGCGGCAUACGUGCCCAACCUAGGUCUUCGUGCCAGGGACGUCGUCCGACUGCUGGACUGCGCUCGUACUCUUACCAUGGUUUCCGACAAGAGCUUGAACAGCGGCGGUCCCGCAUCCCUCGAAACACUGCAAGCCCUGGUCCUUCUGGGCAUCAUGGAUCGUCUUAUGCUGAAGCGGACGUCUGAUGUGCCGUGCAGCAUCGAUCUAGGCAGCAUCGCAAGACUCGCACGCGCCGCUCAUAUUUUCGAGGUUCCCAAUGACGCGCCAAAUACCUCCUGGCGAGAGUGGGCGACCCUGGAGUCUCGUCGCAGGCUGGGACUUGUACUCUUUGCAUUCGAUGCCUUCAUCUCAGUUCUACACGACCAAACGCCGAAUGUGCGUGACGACGAGCUUAAUAUGCGCUUUCCCAGUCCGGAACAUGUGUUCAUGGCAGCGUCGGAGUCCGAGUGGAGAGAUGCUAACAAGCUGCAUCCCCAACACGCAGCAACGACAUACUCUGUCUCCCUGACACUUUCAAGCCUCUUCACCCACGCGGACAUGUCUCUCCCCCUCCCGGACACGCUCAUGGGAAGAUUUGUGCUGAUUCAUGGAAUCUUGCAGUAUGCCUGGCGAACCAAACGUGUUCUGCAGGAGAACCCACGCGCCAUAUCGGAUGCGGCACUGCAGCCAUAUUUGCAAAGCAGAACCAGCGCCAUCUGUAACUCGCUUCGUAAAUGGCGCGCAGGCUGGCCCGAAGAACUGCUCGAUUUCGAGCCCUUUUCCGAGUCUCCGUCGCUCUAUCAAGACCGGGCCGAGGCAUGCUGGUAUCUUGCGGGCAUUGUUACGCUUCCACACGUCAACAUUCGUUUACCCGAGACGUCAGCCACCGACUUUUCCGGCGCAUUAUCAGUCCAGCAGAUAUUUCAAUGCCUCAUCUUGCUCUCGGAUUCAAGCCUUCUUCACAAUGUUGGACAAGAUUUCGAGGCCACAUAUCAUUUGGUUACGGAGCGUCUCUCUGCUGGAACGAAUGACGGUGCCCUGGGUGCUCUGAUUUAUCGCGAACCAGACACAACGAGAGCGGGCUUCGAAGAAUGA